GUGCGCUUCGGUUCACGAGCGUGCUGGGAUAUAUGCGACUCACUUCGCGUGCGAUUGUCUUAAACUUUGCUCUUGCUCUCACACUCUUGACUCUGACUUCAUCCGCCCACUCGAUCGAUACUUUUGCACAAGACGUCCACCUGAUUCCAAAGGGGAGAAGCCAAUCACCCGCGCGUUCGCAGCCCCGAUCUUGAAAGUGAGGUGAAUGUGAAUGUGCAUGAAGCUAUCUCGGUCAAAUGGUCGUCGAUGG